AUGAUAUCAAAUACAUCUUUAACGCCUCAUCAAGCACAAUCUACUCAUGCGGUUUCGGUAAUGCAGAUUUCUCAGAAGAAGUCACCGUUGGUUCUCCUGACAACAGCAAUGGUCAAUGUGACUACAUCAUCUGAUCAUACAAAGUGUGUUCGAGCACUUAUAGAUCAAGGCUCAGAGGUGUCGAUAAUCUCUGAGUCCCUUGCUCAAAGUCUCCAACUCCCUCGUACCAGAGGACCUGUUGUUCUCCUAGGAGUUGAGGAAAGUAAGUGGGGAACAUCUCGUAGAUCAGUCAACGUCGUUUUCUCAUCAAGUUUUGAUUCGGGCUUUAAACUUCAACUCCAGGCUCUUGUUCUUCCAAAGUUGAUUUCUAAACGCCCAGAGCAUCAAAUUAGUCUUGAGGAAUGGCUUCAUCUCACUGGUCUACAAUCAGCGGAUCCGAAGUUUAGUGGAAAUGCUCCGAUUGAUUUAAGUUUAGGUGUGGAUGUCUAUGCAAUUUUAAUUAAACAACGUCUUCAAAAGGGUCCCCCGGGCACUCCUGUAGCUCAAGAUUCCGUAUUCGGGUGGAUUCUCCGUGGACAUACAGGCAAUACCUCACCGUUGGAUUCAUGUACAGUGAAUAUGUCUCAUUGUUCCAAGAGUGAAGAACUUUUUUUUGACCUUCAAAAAUUUUGGGACGAUUCGGAAGGCGUGCCUCCUAAACCUUUCCGGACAGCUGAGGAAGAAGAGUGUGAAAAAAUUUUCCAAAAAACUCACUCUAGGACUAAAGAUGGGAGAUACGUCGUGCAUCUGCCCAUUAAGAGUGACGUCACGUCGUUAGGAGAUUCCUAUUCUGCAGCUCUUCGCAUGUUACUUCAUAUGGAACAGCGGUUCAAACGAGAUGUUCAUCUCCAAGAAGCGUAUGCCAAAUUCAUGGAAGAAUACCAUCAACUUCAACAUAUGAAGACCGUCAACAUCACUGCAGAUCCAAGGAGUAUCUCGCGGUCAUUUUUGCUUGCGCAUCAUGGAGUUUGGCGUGAAUCUAGUUUAACCACGAAACUACGAGUAGUUUUUAAUUGUUCUCGACGAUCAAGUCGAGGCAUUUCAUUGAACGAGUGUCUUUACGCAGAGCCAAAAUUACAAUUAAAUAUUUCAGAUGUCUUGCUGCUGUAG